UUUUUUUUUCAAUUUGAGCCAAAAUGCGUGGAUGUCAAGGUAAAAAAAAUUGCACGCCGGUGAGCAAUCCAUGCCAUUUGGUGAGGUCAACCGUCGGCGACAGUACUGGUCAGUCCUGGACUCACCUUCACUUGUCACUGGUGGUAUAAUGCACCCAGUUGGCUAGAGUAGACUGUAAUCCAUAUGUUUCCGCGUGCCCCGUGGGGGACCCAUGACGAACGACGAUUGCAACGUGGCAGUUCACUUUGUGGGAUCACAUCUUAUGAUUCCUAUCAUAUCUCAUUUUGCAAUAUUGCCUCACGAGACGCCGGUGACCAUGAAGUCCAUAGGAGUCCAUGCGCCUUACAUCUAUCUCCCGAACUUCCUCCAUUUCGAAUUUGAGACGAGGGACUCGGUCCACACUCCCGGAGGGCUUCGGUUCACAUACGGGUGCUCUGAUGGGCCUUGUAUUCAAAUUUAUGGUUUUGUCUUGAACCUUCCUGAUCAUCAUGAAGAGAUUUUUCUGAUCGUUGGGGAGAUCGCAGCAAUUUGGUACGUGGCCGUUCUCUCGGGUAUAUGAUUUGAAAUCCUUGCUGUUUUUGUUUUACUCGGCCUCCUUAGGUGCGGCUAUUGUAUACUAAUUUUCAAUCGAGCCCAGACGUUGGUAUUCUGUUUGGAACACCACUUCUUGGUCGGCCCUUUGUCCAGUGCCAAUUAGUGUCCUGUCAAGAUUACGAAUUGGUAUUGAGGCUAUGUGAAUGAUAGACCUAGGGAGCCUAGGAGCUGCAGAAGAACUUCCAUUGCAAAUACUAUCUGCGUCACAUCAAGAGAAUGAUGAUUCUUUUUUGGGCAAGGUAUCAAUCAUUUUGUGAAUGCCACCCUCAGGGUGCGCUUGUCAUGCAGAGCAUACUAGGUUGGUCUACAGAUGGUUGAAUCACGAAACAGGGAGCUGCUCUCUUUUCCCUGACAA